CUCUCACUAAAAAUGGCCGUUUCUCUCUCUGCAACUUAAAAACCUCUUCCCCCUCCCUCCCAACUUUCUCUCUCUAAGUUUACCUCUCCUCUCUCCUUCAAUCUCGUUUCUCUCUCAUCUCAUCUCUCUUGCUCCCCCCUUCCUUGGAGGCUCGUCUCUCACUCUCUACAAUCAAAAUCUCCAGAAAUCUGAACCCCCACAAUCCCCAUUGGAAUAGGUAAUGGAGGUCGCCACGCUCUCGCGCAUCGGCCUUGCAGGCCUUGCGGUCAUGGGCCAGAACCUCGCCCUCAACAUCGCCGAGAAGGGAUUCCCCAUCUCCGUCUACAACCGAACCACUUCAAAGGUCGACGACACCGUCCAUCGCGCCGAUGCCGAGGGGGGCCUCCCCCUCUUAGGCCACCGCUCCCCACAGGACUUCAUCCUCUCCAUCCAGCGGCCCCGCUCUGUUGUCAUCCUCGUCAAGGCCGGGAGACCUGUCGACCAGACCAUCGCGACCCUCUCGGCCUUCAUGGAGCCUGGGGACUGUUUGAUUGAUGGGGGAAACGAAUGGUAUGAGAACACUGAGCGGCGCAUUGAGGAGGCGUCUGCCCGUGGCCUCUUGUAUCUCGGCAUGGGCGUGUCGGGCGGCGAGGAGGGUGCUCGCAACGGCCCCUCGCUGAUGCCUGGCGGAUCGUUUGAUGCGUAUCAGAAUAUCAGAGAUAUUCUCGAGAAGGUGGCGGCCCAGGUGUCUGAUGGUCCUUGUGUUACUUAUAUAGGACCCGGGGGUUCAGGCAAUUUCGUGAAGAUGGUGCACAAUGGCAUUGAGUAUGGUGAUAUGCAGUUAAUCUCUGAGGCCUAUGAUGUUUUGAAGCAUGUUGGUGGGUUGAGUAACCAGGAAUUGGUUGAGAUUUUUGAAGGGUGGAAUAGGGGGGAGCUUGAGAGUUUCUUGAUUGAGAUCACCUCUGAUAUAUUUAGGGUCAAGGAUGAGUUUGGAGAGGGGGAACUGGUUGAUAAGAUCUUGGAUAAAACUGGGAUGAAGGGGACUGGGAAAUGGACGGUUCAGCAAGCGGCCGAGCUCUCUGUGGCGGCACCCACAAUCGCAGCUUCGCUUGAUUGCAGGUAUCUCAGUGGGUUAAAAGAAGAGAGAGAGGCGGCAUCAAAGGCUUUUUCGGAGUUUGGGCUGAGUGAGGUUUUGGCGAGGCCGGCAGUCGAUAAGAAGAAGCUCAUUGAAGAUGUGAGGCAGGCUUUGUACGCCUCGAAAAUUUGCAGUUACGCUCAAGGGAUGAACUUGCUUCGAGCAAAGAGCGUCGAGAAAGGGUGGGGGUUGAACCUUGGCGAAUUGGCAAGGAUAUGGAAGGGUGGGUGCAUUAUAAGGGCUGUGUUUUUGGAUAGGAUCAAGAAGGCAUAUGAGAGGAAUCGCGAGCUCCCAAAUCUUAUGGUGGACCCGGAAUUCGCUAGAGAGAUGGUGCAAAGGCAAGCAGCCUGGAGGAGAGUGGUGGGUUUGGCAAUUGAGGCCGGAAUCAGUACACCUGGUAUGAAUGCGAGCUUGGCUUAUUUCGAUAGUUAUAGGCGAGCGAGGCUCCCAGCAAAUCUUGUGCAGGCACAGAGGGACUUGUUUGGGGCUCACACUUAUGAGAGGAUCGAUAGGCCAGGCUCGUACCAUACUGAGUGGACCAAGCUCGCCAGGCAGAACAAGGCAGGUGUCAGUGCUCUUAACUGAAGUAGUUGGUAAGAGAGAAAAAUUAAUUUUUUGUCUGUCAUCUGCUUCAUCAUGCCUUAGUCUUGAAUGUGGCUGCAAUUCCGUCUUUCUUUUUUCUUUUUAAUGUUAUGGGACUCUGCAUGGGUGUUUGAAUCUCGAUUUUGCCUGGAGGGUUCGGAACAAUGUGCUUGAUUUGGUGGUUUGAAUAAUGAGCAUAGUAUAUGGUUUCUGGGUUUCUUCUGGAGCUGUAGUUUAUGUAUUUUAAUGAAUUGCUCUAGAAUUUUAGAGGAGAUAAGAAGGAUGUUUUUGCUGUUUUUUUUCCUACAUCUGUGAAUCGUGUUGCUAUUCAAUUGAAAUCAUGAGCUGUCUAUAGAUAUUUG